AUGCCUUCCCCUAAGAAUCUUGCAGGUGCCCAUCCCGCCGCUUCUUCACCGAAGAAAGCUAAGACACUGGACGCUUCGAACCAGUUGGAGGCCUUGAAGAACAUGACUUCUGUUGUGGCUGAUACAGGUGAUUUCGAUAAGAUCAAACAGUUCCGUCCUGACGACGCUACUACCAACCCUACUCUGCUGUACCAGGCGGCUCAAAUGCCCGAGUAUGCACAUGUGAUGACCAAAGCCAUCAAGAACGCUAAAGCUCAGAAUCUUACCGGAGAUGCCCUGGUUGACGAGGUCUGCGACCAGUUGGCCGUGAGCUUCGGUUUCGAGAUCCUGCAGAUCGUCGAUGGUUAUGUCUCGACUGAGUGCGAUGCCAACUUGUCCUUCGACAGGCAGGCUAGUCUUAAUAAAGCUAGGAAGAUCAUCAGCAUGUAUGAGUCCAUGGGCAUCUCUCGUGAUCGUAUUCUCAUCAAGAUGGCUUCGACGUGGGAGUGCAUUCAGGCGUGUAAGGAGCUUGAGAAGGAGGGAAUUCAUUGCAAUAUGACUCUCCUCUUCUCAUUUGCCCAGGCCGUUGGAGCUGCCCAGGCUGGUGCCACCCUCAUCUCGCCCUUUGUUGGCCGCAUUCUCGACUGGUAUAAGAAGAGCACUGGAAAGGCCUCGUACCCUAUGGACGAGGACCCGGGGGUUCAGUCUGUGAGGAAGAUCUAUAACUACUACAAGAAGUACGGCUACAACACUAUUGUUAUGGGCGCUUCCUUCCGUAACACGGAUGAGAUCCGUGGCCUUGCCGGUUGUGAUAAGCUUACUAUCUCACCAAAGCUGCUCAAGGAGCUCCAGGACAACACUGAUGUGAGCGGUAUGAAGAGGUAUCUGGACCCGGAGAGGGCCGUGGCUGAUACCGACAAGCUGGCCGACCUUACUGAGCCUGAGUUCCGUUGGAUGCUGAAUGAAGACGCCUGUGCUACGGAGAAGUUGGCAGAGGGUCUGCGUAAUUUCAAUAAAGAUUUGCAGAAGCUGAAGGAAGUGGUCCGAGCUAAGCUGGCAGAGGCUGAAAAGUGA